GGUUUAUGGGGGCCUUUGUUUCUCGCUGCAGCGGGAGCUCCAGGUUUAUCUUCUAUGUUGUGUGUCCUGUGCAUAUAGAGACCCAGCCUCUGUGGCCGUGUGACCUGCAAGUAUUGGGAGAGCCACAGCUAAAAGCCGGGACCCUCUGGAAGCCUAGAAAUGGGACCAUUGCAAUUUAGAGAUGUGGCCAUAGAAUUCUCUCUGGAGGAGUGGCAUUGCCUGGACACUGCACAGCGGAAUUUAUAUAGGGAUGUGAUGUUAGAGAACUACAGAAACCUGGUCUUCCUUGGGAUUGUUGUCUCUAAGCCAGACCUGGUCACCUGUCUGGAGCAAGGAGAAAAACCUAUGGAGAGACAUGAGAUGAUUGCCAAACCCCCAGUUAUGAGUUCUCAUUUUGCCCAAGACCUUUGGCCAGAGAAGAGCAUACAAGAGUCUUUCCAAAAAGUGAUACUGAGAAGAUAUGAAAAAUGCAGACAUGACAAUUUACAGUUAAAAAAAGGCUGUAAAAGCUUGGGUGAGCAUAAGGUGCACAAAGGAGGUUAUAAUGGACUUAACCAAUGUUUGACAACUACCCAGAAAAAAAUAUUUCAAUGUGAUAAAUAUGGAAAAGUCUUUCCUAAGUUUUCAAAUUCAAACACAUAUAAGAUAAGACAUACUGUAAUAAAUCUUUUCAAAUGUAUAAUAUGUGGCAAAGCUUUUAACCGGUCCUCAACCCUUACUACACAUGAGAAAAUUCAUACUGGAGAGAAACCCUACAGAUGUGAAGAAUGUGGCAAAGCUUUUAACCAAUCUGCAAACCUUACUACACAUAAGAGAAUUCACACCGGAGAGAAACCCUACAGAUGUGAAGAAUGUGGCAAAGCCUUUAAGCAGUCCUCAAACCUUACUACACAUAAGAAAAUUCAUAGUGGAGAGAAACCUUACAAAUGUGAAGAAUGUGGCAAAGCCUUCAACCGAUCCACAGACCUUACUAUACAUAAGAUAGUUCAUACUGGAGAGAAACCUUACAAAUGUGAAGAAUGUGGCAAAGCCUUUAAGCGCCCCUCACAUGUUACUACACAUAAGAAAAUUCAUACUAGAGGGAAACCCUACAAAUGUGAAGAAUGUGGCAAAUCCUUUAAGCACUGCUCUAACCUUACUAUACAUAAGAGAAUUCAUACAGGAGAGAAACCCUACAAAUGUGAAGAUUGUGGCAAAGCCUUUCACCUAUCCUCACACCUUACUACACAUAAGAUACUUCAUACUGGAGAGAAACCCUACAGAUGUAAAGAAUGUGGCAAAGCCUUUAACCAUUCCACAACCCUUUUUUCACAUGAGAAAAUUCAUACUGGAGAGAAACCCUACAAAUGCGAUGAAUGUGGCAAAACCUUUACUUGGCCCUCAAUCCUCUCUAAACAUAAAAGAACUCAUACUGGAGAGAAACCCUACAAAUGUGAAGAAUGUGGCAAAUCCUUUACUGCAUCCUCAACUCUAACUACUCAUAAGAGAAUUCAUACUGGAGAGAAACCUUACAAAUGUGAAGAAUGUGGCAAAGCUUUUAACUGGUCCUCAGACCUUAAUAAACAUAAGAAAAUUCAUAAUGAACGAAAACCCUAUAGUGAAGAAUGUGACAAAUCUUUUAAAUGUUCCUCCACUUUUAAUUAGCAUACGAUAAUUUAUACUGGAGGGAAAUCCUAUGAAUGUGUUGAAUGUGGGAAAGCCUUUAACCAGUCCUCGACUCUGACUAAAUAUGAAAGUUUAUAUUGAACAUAAACCCUACAAAUAUAAAGAAUGUGACAAAGCUUUUUAAGGAAAUUCUCAACCCUUAUUACACAUAAUUCAUACCAAACAGAAACCCUACAAGUGUGAAGAAUGUGGCAAAGCCUAUAACAAGUUCACAAUUCCUUUUUUUUUUUUUUUUUUGAGAUGGAGUUUCACUCUUGUCACCGAGGCUGGAGUGCAAUGGCAUGAUCUUGGCUCACUGCAACUUUUGCCUCCUGGGUUUAAGCCAUUCUUCUGCCUCAGUCUCACAAGUAGCUGGGAUUACAGGUGCCCAAUACCGUGCCUGGCUAAUUUUUUGUAUUUUUGGUAGAGAUGGGGUUUCACAAUGUUGGCCAGGCUGCUCUCGAACUCCUGACCUCAGGUAAUCUACCUGCCUUGGCCUUCCAAAGUGCUGGGGUUACAGGUGUGAGUCACCAUGCCUGGCUACAAGUUCUUAAUUCUUAAGAGACAUGGUGAUAAUUCAUGCUGAAGAGGAACCCUACAAACCUGAAAGAUGCGACAGUGCUUUUACCAACACCUCCAAAUUCUCUAUACGUAAAAAUAAAUAAAUUAUACUAGUGUGAGACCCUAGAAACAUAUAAAACCUGACAAAGCGUUUAUAUGGUUGUCACACAUGAUUGUAGGUAAUAUAAUUCAUACUUCCAAAACUCCUGUAAGUGUGAAGAAUGUGGCAAAAUAUUUUAUUAGUGCUUACAGCGUAUUUCACAGGAAAGCUUUUAUCCUUGAGAAAAAUUGUACAAAUACAAAGGAUAUGGAAAAACCAUUAAUGCCUACUCAUAUCUUACUCAACAGGAGAAAGUUCAUAGUUAAUAAAGCACUAAGUGCAAUUACUGUCAAAAAAUCUUUCAGAAAAUAGAAGCCUUUAAAGUGAAGAAGAAUAUUUAUUCUGAAGACAGCCGUUAUGAAUAUAAAGGGGGUAGUAGUGCCUUUACUUGUGUCACAGAUCUUAUUGCCCACAUUUUAUACUAGAGGAAGGCCCUGAAGCAGUUGCUCAAGCUUUGAGGAAAUCAAGGAAAUUUAUAUUGAGAACAGUCCUGCAAAUGUAAUGAAUUUGGAAAGACUUUUUUUUCCAAAAACUACAGCUUAGAAAACACCAGAGGGUUUAUACUAAAAUAUAUUUUUGCAGAUGCAGCAAAUAUGAAAAACUAUUUAAUUCAAAAUUGAUUCUAUGUAAAUAUCAGAGAAUUUUUGAUAGAAUAAUUAAGGCUCUGACACUUCAGACAUUACACUAAAUCAGAAUUUUGAAUAUAAAAACUAAUCCACAGCUGCAGCUGUUAGAUAAAUUAUUUCUACAUAACUUUUAAAAAAGUAGAUUUUUGAGGCACUGUAAUUACAUUGAAAGUAUACUUGUUUCCUUGAAAAAAUUUUUUGAAAAGUGAAUGAUGUAAUACAGCUUUCA